GCGACAAAAGGUGCGGGAAACUGUCAGUUGAAAAAAGACGAGAGGUUGGCAAGUAUCAGGAAGAACCCUCACAAAGGUGCAGCAGUAUUCGGUCCAAGAUUUUAAACCGCGAUUUUAGGUCAGGCCACAACUGAAGAACCCUCAAUUACGCUUGAUCGAGUAUUUAGAGUACAAGGCUGACCAUGGCAGCAAAUAACACUUCUGUCCCAGAUAUGGAAAACUCGACGUCAUUGAGUGGUCAGGGGCCUGAUGUUCACGGAGCCAAAGUGUGGAUGACUCUCGCGUACACCGUUAUCUUUAUCUUUGGUUUCUUUGGUAACUCUUGCAUCAUUUACAUCGUGGCAACUCGUGCGAGAAUGAAGACUACUUUCAAUUUUCUUAUUGUCAACAUGGCGAUUGGUGAUCUGCUUGUUUCUAUUUUCAUUAUGCCUUUCGAGGUGAAGUUUUUGUACACUGGAUUGACGUGGUUGCCCGGUGGCUUUGGAUCAGUGACAUGCAAGUUUGUUAAAUUCUCAGGUGUGCUGUCAAUAGCAGCCACUAUUAUAACCCUCGUGUUUAUAUCAUUGGACCGCUACUUUGCCAUUCUUCAUCCCUUCGCCGACGUCCCCGUUAUUCGGAACACUAAAUUAAUUACGUCUGUGAUUUGGAUUUCCUCUUGGCUUUAUUUCUCUUUAUAUCUAGUUCUUUUUGAUAGCGUACCUUCCGCUGACGGAUCUUCCUGGCAGUGUAAAAUGAUCUGGAGUUACUUAUCUUCAGACCACAUGAAACAAUUCGAAAUUGCCAGAGCUUACUUCAUGACAACCUUUGUGGUGCUGUAUCUGUUUGCUCUUGCAAUCAUUGCGACAUUGUACAUUCUUAUUGGUCGUCGCCUCUGGUCACGUGUGAUCCCAGGGGUUUCAACCGCCAGUCAAAAGCGUCAAAAUGAGUCGUCCAAAAGGAAAGUAUUGCGCAUGCUCAUUAUCGUCGUUACGAUCUUUGCACUGUGUUGGCUACCGAGUCACAUCAUGCAUUUGAUGAAUUAUUUCUUCACCCCGACUUACAUUGCUUUAAUAUCACACCAGUACGUGGAAUCCAGCUUUUACUUUCUGUCACACGCCAACAGCGCUAUAAACCCGUGCUUGUAUAUCUUUCUUAACCAACGAUUUAACCUUGAAUUCAGAAAACUGACCCGAUCUCUUUUCUGUCUUCCAUCCAAAGAGGACCCGUUGGAUCCUCAGUCAGUUUAUCAAAAGUCAACCGAAGGCUCGAUGCUCAUGAAAACAGUCUAGCUUCGGCGUGAUCUUUGUCUAGAAAACCGGUACAUGAUUCAUUUCUCAUUGAAGCAGAUCUUUGUGUGGUAUGAUAUUUAGGUCAGGCUCAGUCUGCAUCAGGUCUCUGCUUGUAACUUCAUAUAAGCUGGAUUAACUCAACCUUAUUUUGACAGAAAUUAAGGGAGUAACUCACGUUAUAUUUGGUCGUUUUAUGUGACAUGCAAAACUAGUUUCAAGGCUGUUUACUCGGAGGCUUCAAAAUAUUAGUCUAGUUGGAAAGAAAGAAACAAUGAUAACAAUAAUAAAAAUGAAUAGGGAGAGCAGAUGAUGGAAAAGAUUUAAACGAAUGGAAAAUCAUUAACCUGCGUAAUUGGCCAAAUGCCAAACCAUCAGUGGAUGGGUCGAGUACGGCUUGGUACCAGUCUAAUAGCAUUGUUAUUGAACUGAGUUCCAGUUUGCUAGGCAAAGCUUCUCGUGGAAGAAAUUGGCCUGUACUCCGACUGCCUUUUACGGCGUCCGUCGUACACUAACUUAUCUCUAUAAGAAGCUUUCUUCUAUUGGACGAUAGCUCAACGAACAAAAAAUUAUCAGCAGAUUGGAAACACCUUCAAACAUUAAAGACGACUUUGUUGUAUAGAGAUAUUCAACUUGUUUUACUUUAAAAGUGGAUUAUUAUCACAUGUUAUCUGGUAGAAGCCAACAACCAGAUCACAGCAAUCAAACAUAGCAAGAUCUUUAAUUGCUUUGAGCUGGUGGUCUGCAGCCACAGUGCUCCCUUACGGGCCGGCUUCGAAUAAAAUUCUCUUUAACUAUAGCAUUGUUAAUCAAAACUAUAAUUUGUUUGUGAACCAACUGAGAAACAUUAUUUCUCACUAAUUAUUAGGUAUGUUUUCAUGGCACACGUAAUUGUAAUUUAUUACUGAACGAGCAAAUUGUGUUAAAAAACGUUGUCUGAGCCUUUAACGCAGCAUUGAGAUUCUCGGCAAGAGAUCUAUCAUGAAUAUUUACGAAUGAUUAGGAAACUAACUUAGCCUUAGCCUACUUAAAGUCGAAGAAUGUCAAGUCAUACCUACUUUAUGAUAGUUAUGCUGUAACAUACUUCAUAUCUCGUAUUUUAACAAAGCCCAUGAGCAAGCCAGCUUCGUGCCUAAACUAACUUUGGGAGACCUUUUGUGCUGGUAACAAACUUGCCUUUUCUUACAGAGAAGAUCAGUAUGCGAUGGUGGGGGAAUUUUGACUGGGGUGUCGAACGUAAUCCUGGCUGCAAUGAUUUUGUUUGGGUUUAAGGUUAGUUUACAAAAACUUACUGUACCCUUUAAUCUGAUCAAAUAUAAAACGAAAUCCAAAAUCCAACGACUCGCAAUCGAAAUGCACCCUACUCUUGAUUGAAUCGGAUGGCCUCAUGCUUAGCUUUCCAGCGGCGAGCGUUUCUUUGCCCGCGAGAAAGUUGAAGACCUUGGGCAGUGGUUGCUGGCGAGAGGUCUACUUGUUGUCUGACACUGAUAAUGUGCCAUGCAGACAACAACAUACACAGAUAAUGUGUAACUCAAUGAAAAAAAAAAUAUUCCGACGACAGUUUAUCCGAGAACUUAUUCUCUUAUAAUAAAUUCUUUUAACACUUGUUUUAAUAAAGACUGGUUUGCUCGAUAUA